AUGUCCCCACGUCCCCCCCAGCUGUCGCAGCACCCCGGUCCGGAGGCGCCGGUGUUCGUGCCCGCGGACGCGCCGUGGAGCUGGGAGCUGGCCAAGCUGUGGGUGCGCAGCGCCCACGUGCAGCUGCACGAGGUGGUCGUCCACCUGCUGCUCACCCACUUCCUGGCCGAGGUCUUCGCCAUCGCCACCAUGCACCUGCCCGCCUGCCACCCGCUCUACAAGCUCCUGCUGCCCCACGGCCGCUACACCUUCCACAUCAACAUCUUGGCCAGGGACAAACUCCUCAACCCCGGGGGCAUCAUCGACCAGGCCUCGGCCAUCGGGAGGGAGGGGGCGCUGGAGCUGGUGGCCCGCGCCACGGCGGCCCUGACCUACGCGGAGCUGUGCGUCCCCGAUGACAUCGAGCGGCGCGGCGUCACCGACGUCCCCAAUUACUACUACCGCGACGACGCCCUCGAGAUCUGGGGGGCCAUCGAGAGCUUCGUGGAGGGCAUCGUGGGUCUCUACUACCACGAGGACAGUGACGUGGUCGAUGACCCCGAGCUCCAGGAUUGGGUGGGCGAGAUCUUCACCUACGCCGUGCUGGGCAACGAGAAGUCGGGCUUCCCGGCGAAGCUCUGCAGCCGCCCCGAGCUGGUGAAGUUCCUCACCAUGAUCAUCUUCCGCUGCUCCGCGCAGCACGCCGCCGUCAACAGCGGGCAGUACGACUUCUACGCCUGGAUGCCCAACGCGCCGGGGACCAUGCGGUGCCCCCCACCACGGACCAAGGACGGGGCCACCGCCGAGAGCUUCCUGGCCACCCUCCCGUCCCCCGCGGCCACCGGCGCCCUCCUCGCCCUGCUCAGCGUCGUCAGCUACGAGGCCGGCGAGCAG